CAUCUUUAGAAAGAACUUCCAAAUAUAUGAGAUCAUAAGUUCAUUUGAAUUUUUAAACACAAGAAUCUAUUUUCUGAGUUGACAAAAAGUAGCUCCCUCUCUUUGAUCUUAAAGGUUUUGUGAAGUUUUUUUCUUUGCUUGAACAAAACAGCUUCCUACCUCUACCCCACUCAUCCCUGAACUCAGCUUUCUCCCGCCCCUUUCAUCAAUAUCUCCUGUCCAGAAUAGCAACACACCCUCAGUGCCUCACAUAUCCAAAGCUAGAAGCUCCCCCUUCUCCUAACCAGUAGUUCUCCUUGGCCCCACUGUGAAAUAAUGCCCUCCAGUACUCUCUCAGCUCAACAGUGCCCUUCGAUCCUUUGCUCUUCCCUUCCAAGCAGUCCCCUUAAACUAGAAUCUUCUGUUGGCAAGGCUUGAAAUCCUUAGCACAGCCCCUCCCCAAGGGGAGCUAGCGCUCACCACUACUCCCUCCCGUUGAGCCCAGACGGAGACACUCCCCUAGUUCAGUUACACACUUGUGGUAACCAGAAGUGGUAGGUUGUGUGUAAAAUGAAAGCAAUCCUUUAAUAAAAAAAAAAAAAAAAACAGUCUCAUUGGUUGAAAUAGCCUGGUACUCAGCGGGCUCUGAACCUCAAAGUGCUGUAAGGCCUGGGGCCACUAUUUUAUAAUAAACUACUCUGAAUUCCCUUUGAUUCCUUCAGGUCAGUUACUAGCUUUUCAGCCUCAUAGAGCUUGUGGGGCAGGGUUGGUUGGCAGCAGGCAGGUAGAAAGGUCUGGCCCUACACCUGUUGUUCAGCUGGAAACGAAGCUGCAGGUCCCGUUGCCAACAGCUGGCAACAGCAGUUUGAGCUGCAGCUACAGCAGCAGCAGCAGCAUGUCUGGCCCACUGAGAGCGGAAGGAAUUAAAUGCCCGCCCAUCCCUUCUGACAGCCUCCUCCUUCUCUCUCUCCUCCUCUUCCCUUCCAGCUUCACAACGUGAGAGGGGUCCUGUCUGCGAGGAGUCUGUGUAUGAGUGUUGUGUUGUGGUGGCUUGUGGUGUUUUGUUUUUCCAAACCAAUAAAAGAAGAAGGCAGCGGCCGGGUUCUCAACCUCGAGCUAAGCUGAUGCUGUUCACAGGAUGGUGGUGAAGUAGGUUUGGAUCGGAGCGCUCGCCCUGACUUCUUCCAGAGAAACAGGGGAGGAGAAAGGGAGGAGAAGGAGGAAAGGGGGCAGUCCGGGUGCCCCGGCAGCGCCCCGGCCGUUCACACCCCUGCUGCUGCUGUUUCUGGGGCUACUGACUCUGACUCCCACCCCUUGAGGAUACUGGUAUUGGCUUCCGAGGGAAGCAUGGGGGACUCAGUGUUUAAUGAGAAGCCUCAGCUCCACUAUGCGGGCGAUUUUACUUGGAACAGCAUGUCAGGGCGCAGCGUUCGACUGAAGUCAGUUCCCGUCCAAAGCCUCUCCGAGCUGGAGCGUGCCCGACUGCAGGAAGUGGCUUUUUAUCAGCUGCAGCAGGACUGCGACCUCAGCUGUCAGAUUACCAUUCCCAAAGAUGGACAGAAAAGAAAGAAGUCUUUGAGAAAGAAACUGGAUUCACUAGGAAAGGAGAAAAACAAAGACCGAGAAUUUAUACCCCAGGCAUUUGGAAUGCCAUUAUCCCAAGUCAUUGCUAAUGAUCGGGCCUACAAACUAAAGCAGGACUCUCAGAGAGAGGAGCAAAAAGAUGCAUCUGAUUUUGUGGCUUCCCUUUUACCUUUUGGAAGCAAGAAACAAAACAAAGAACUCUCAAGCAGUAACUCAUCUCUUAGCUCAACCUCAGAAACACCAAAUGAGUCAACAUCCCCUAAUACUCCAGAACCUGCUCCCCGGGCCAGGAGGAGGGGUGCAAUGUCUGUGGACUCUAUUACAGAUCUUGAUGACAAUCAGUCUCGACUACUAGAAGCAUUACAACUGUCUUUGCCAGCUGAGAUUCAAAACAAAAAAGAAAAAGCAAGAGAUAAGAAACUGAGUCUCAAUCCUAUUUACAGACAGGUUCCCAGACUUGUGGACAGCUGCUGCCAGCAUUUAGAAAAACAUGGUCUCCAGACAGUGGGAAUAUUCCGAGUUGGGAGCUCAAAAAAGAGAGUAAGACAGUUGCGUGAGGAAUUUGACCGUGGUGUUGAUGUUUCACUGGAAGAGGAACACAGUGUCCAUGAUGUGGCUGCAUUGCUGAAAGAAUUUUUAAGGGACAUGCCAGACCCCCUUCUCACCAGGGAACUCUAUACUGCCUUCAUCAACACUAUCUUAUUAGAUCCUGAGGAGCAGCUGAGCACCUUACAACUCCUUAUCUACCUUCUACCUCCCUGCAAUUGUGACACCCUCCACAGAUUGCUACAGUUCCUCUCCACAGUGGCCAGACACGCGGACGACAAUGUAGACAAAGAUGGACAAGAGGUCACUGGGAAUAAAAUGACAUCACUUAACUUGGCCACCAUAUUUGGACCUAACCUGCUGCAUAAGCAGAAGUCUUCAGACAAAGAGUUCUCAGUCCAGAGUUCAGCUCGAGCAGAAGAGAGCACUGCUAUUAUUGCUGUGGUACAAAAGAUGAUUGAGAGUUAUGAAGCCCUUUUCAUGGUUCCUCCAGAUCUCCAGAAUGAAGUUUUGAUCAGCCUAUUAGAGACUGACCCUGAUGUUGUGGACUAUUUACUCAGAAGAAAAGCUUCCCAAUCAUCAAGCCCCCACCUGCUGAGAUCAGAAGGUUCCUUUUCCACGGAAGGGAGACAUUCAUCCACUGACUCCAACAAAGCCUCAAGCGGAGACGUCUCCCCUUAUGAUAAUAACUCCCCAGUGCUGUCUGAGCGCUCGUUGCUGGCUAUGCAAGAAGACAUUGCCCUGGGUUCAGAGAAGCUUUACAAGGUGCCUGAACAAUACAUGUUGGUUGGCCACUUGCAGUCGAAAUCAAGAGAAAGUUCUCCUGGACUAUGGGCUGGAAAAGAUGUGUCAGAGGAACCCUUCAAUAUUUGGGGAACCUGGCAUUCAACAUUAAAAAGUGGAUCCAAAAGCCCAGGAAUGACAGGCUCCUAUGGAGACAUUUAUGAAAGCAGCUUCCUCCGUCCAGGGCGGUGCUCCCUUUCCCAGGGGAACUUGUCCCUGAACUGCCCACGCUGGCAGGGCAGCUCCACCGAACUGGACAGUGGGAAGCAGAUCAUCCGGAGGACUCAGACCACCGCCACCAUCCCAGAGUGUAAGCCCCACGCCCCGGUAUCUCGAGUUUGUAGCACACCCCAGAUCCCGGGAAGCAGGCGGAGCUCGGAACAAUCUCCUUCGAGAUCUGAGCAGUGCUUGACUUUGAGUAGCGCGGAAGACCUCACUGAGAGUGAUGCGGCAGAGGGGUCUUGGUUGCAAAAUAGGGCCAAGUCUCUGUACCUGAGAGUAGCAGAGAGUGGCCGGAAUGAGCAGAGGCCUCCGCCUCCCUACCCUGGGCCAGGGAAGCAAGUUUCAGCACCAUCUCAUCAGCCCACGGAGAAACCAUUGUGGAGGCUUCGGAGGCCCGAAGACAGUGCCGAGACUGCGGCAAAGGAGGAAGGACAAACGAGUGUCUCCACUGACAACUCGGGUCUUGGUCAGGAGAAUCAGGACGCAGUGAAAAAACUGGGCAAUGCUUAUUCCAUCGAAGCCAGUGAUCAGAACAGUAAAAACUUAGCAAAUCCUGACUGGCAUGAUUGGCAAAGGGAGCGAUGGCAAAUUUGGGAGCUCCUAUCCGCUGAUAAUCCAGACGCCCUUCCUGAAACUCUAGUAUGACCACAUAAUAUGACCACUCCCCGCAGCCCUUCCCCCUAGAACACACACACACACACACACA